AUGACUACCACUACUACUACCACUACCACUACCAUUACUACUACUACCACUACCACUACCACUACUACCACUACCAAUACGACUACUACGACUGUUACUACUACUACUACCACUACUACUACUACCACUAUUAGUCACGACGACGACCACUACGACCACAGCGACUACUAUGACCACUACUACUGCGACUACUACGACUACCACUACGACUACUACUGCGACUACUACGACUACCACUACGACUACUACUGCGACUACUACGACUACCACUACGACUACUACAACUACCACUACUACGACUACGACUACGACUACUACGACUACCACCACCACGACUACGACUACCACGACCACCACUACUACAAUCACUACUACUACUACUACUACUACGACUACUACGACGACGACUACUACUAG